AUGCAGCUACUGUGGGAAGCAGUUCCAACGGCGGGAACAUUUGAUACGCGCGAGACGCCGUUUGCUUGCCAAUGCGGCCAGGCCUUCACUAGAAAGGAUCUCUUGUCGCGUCACAUCAGGUUAUCACACGACCAGCGCACCGAUGCCCCGUCAGCCGAUGAGGAGGAUCACCGUGAACCGGGCGGGUUGCACACGGGAGAGACAGCAGUGAAUGAUCUAGACCUCCUUUUUGAUCCGGAGCUCUUCACGCAAGAUAUGCUGCCGCCCAGCGUGUUUGAAUUUGACGCCGAUUGCCCUUUCACUGACGACCAAACACACCUUCAACCUCCGGGCUCCAACGACUUCCCUCGCUUCAGCUCCCGUCUACCAGACUUAGGCGAUGCAGAACGCGCGCGUAACAGUGAUGUGGAUCAUAGCGGAGCUUUCGCAGAUCUUACAGGUAUCUUACCAUGGUCUUUCUCCGAGCCUGCUUACGAAGGUUUCUGCCUCGAAGUCGAGUCCUACUCAGCAGUUCUUCCAGGAAAUUGGCAGGUGCCGUCACGAAAUGCCUUGAGCCGUAAUCUGGAAUCAUACUUCCGCUGUUUUCAAGAAAAUCUUCCUUUCCUUCAUUCCGCAACGUUCUCAGUCGCAAAAACGGACAUCGAAUUACUGCUGGCGGCCGCCGCUCUUGGAGCCCUGAACCGAUUUGAAGCCUCCUGUUCUUGUUGCUUGUACUCUAUGGCGAAAGCCAUUUUUGCGGAGAAGGCACAUCGGCAGGACCUCGAGCUAUCAACUGGGUUGCUAACAAGACGAAAUCAUCCGAUGCUCGAAAGGAGGGAUGGACUUGGAAAGAUCCAAACGCUCAUCCUCCUCAUUAUUUAUGCGUCAUGGACUGGAGAGGGCGCCUUACCUGACGCAUUAUCUAUGGGGGGACAAUUGAGCAUGCUUGUCCGACAGCAUCAGUUCUCCGAGUCGGAUGUACCCACAGACGUGGAUGGUCGGCUGAUGGAUGCCGCUGCGAAGGAACAGGCCUGGUGUGAGUGGGUGUCUUCCGAGGAGCGGAGGAGGACCUUACUCGCCGCGUUUGUGCUUCUUAGUCUACACAACAUCGCCUAUGACACCCCUCCGCAGCUCUUCAACCACGAGAUAUGCGUCUUCCUGCCGAGCUGCAUGGAGCCAUGGAAGGCCACCGACGCUGCACAUUGGCAUCUGAGCAAUCCUCCCGUUCAACGACUAUUUCGACAAGCGCUCCAGUCACUCUUCGAUGGUGUUGUGUUCCCAUUGUCUUCAUUUGCUGACUAUGUUCUCAUUCAUGGUUUGCUUCAACAAAUAAGCCUCGCCAAUCGUAACGCUAUGGGAAAAUCCAUCCAGCCAGAUGCAGUCAAAGCUUUUGAGACCGCCCUGCACACGUGGCAAUCGUCCUGGGAGCUCACCCAUGAGUCUAGUCUUGAUCCACUGUCAGAGAAAGGGCCUCUUGGACUGAACGCAACCGCCCUGCUUCGCCUUGCCUAUAUUCGAUUAAGCUCAAACUCAGCACCGUGCCGCGCGCUUUUGUCAAGAGAUAUCAGCAACCUUGUGCUUGAAGAGGCCCAUACAGAGAGGUCACCUAGGGUGGAUCGAGCUAUCCUACAUGCUGCGCAUGCUUUGAGUAUACCAUAUCGAGCAUUCGCUGAGCAGCCUCGAAUGUGCCUUAUUGCUUAA